AUGGCUCUAUACUGCGGAAUGGAGCAGCAAUGCAAAAUGGCUCUGUACCGCAGCAUGGCGCAGCACCGUGCAUGGCUCUAUAUCAUUGCAUGGCGCAGCAGCGUGGCAUGGCUCCAUACCACUGCAUGGUGCAGCAACGCGGCACAACGCUGCACGGCGCAGCAAUGUGGAAUGGCUCUACAUCGUCAUAUGGUUCAAUUUGGCAUUACUCCAUCCAGUGGCAUGGAGCAGCAACUAGGCAUGGCUCUAUAUCGCCACAUGGCGCUGCAACGUGAGCUGGCUCUAUAUUUCUGCAUUGCGCAGCAAGGUGGCAUGGCUCUAUAUCGCUUCAUGGUGCAGCAAGGUGGUAUGGCUCUAUCGCUGCAUGGAGCAGCAAGGUGGCAUGGCUCUAUAUUGCUGCAUGGUGCAGUAACGUGGCACGGCUCUACAUCACUGCAUGGUGCAGUAACAUGGCAUGGCUCUACAUCGCUGCAUGGUGCAGUAACAUGGCAUGGCUUUAUAUCGUUGCAUGGUGCAGUAACGUGGUAUGGCUCUAUAUCGUUGCAUGGUGCAGUAACUUCGGAUGUUUAUGACAUGAUCUUCGAUGAUUAUCAAAACAGAGACCAGCUGAGAGUCAAAGCAAAAUAG